CAGCAUGCAACAAGAGUCGGAAACCAUGGAAGGCCUGGCAGACUCGGUCACCAUUGACAUGAGUGCGCCCGAAAGGGACCCACUGGCCCUCGACUUCGUCCACAACAGUCCGUCAUGUGAUCCCCUGCAUGAUUCGAUUACGGAGGUCGUAGUUGGUCUUGGUCAAGGAAGAGAGUCGGUCCGCGAAGAAACCACAGCACAGUCCCCCACCAGGCCUGACGCAGCUGUCCCCCCCCAAACCAAGCGACGACUAUUCCAGGACAAGAAGCCAAGCGAAGAGGAGGGCCAGGAACAAGAGUCAGAACAGUCUGACGAAUACUCCGGCAGUGAGUACGUUCAAGAAGAAGAAGACAGCCAGUCCGGUGCGUCGACUUCGAGCCACACAGACAGUGAGCGUCAGAAGCGACCUCUCCGACCACCUCCAGCUUCGGACAGUCCAGAGAUGGCAGACGCUCGUAUGGAGCCGGCAGAGGACGACGAACUUGCUGCGCAAGUGGCAGCUCUGAGGACGAGGAACGCUGCGUUGGCAGCGGCCAAGUUGGAACUCGUGCAGCGGGUAGCCUCCCUAGAAGCAAAGAAGGCCCGUCUCAUGGAGGAGAACCAAACGUUGCGUGACGAAGCGGCUGUCAACGAUCAAAGAGUGGCUCACCUCAAGAAGGCUCGGAGGGAAUUCAAGCACCAGAACCUCGAGACGGUCCACUCUCUCCAACAGGCGGUCGCUGAGCCUGGAACCAGCAAGCACACAGAGGCCACUUACUGGACCAACAUGAACGCUGUCGGCCAACGACUCAGCGAGCACGGUUGGCAGAAGGUUCUGCUGAAUGACCCCAACCUACCAAAAAAGGUUCCAUCGUGUGUCACUUCAAAGAAGGGCAACAUCGGCAUCGAGCAGGACGACAUCGAUGAGUGCUACGAGGAUGGCAGCGGAUCCUUGUACUCGGUGAUGCGGCACGUGGCAAUCAACCUCUUCAGGAUCGAGAACCUCCUGUAUUUCAGCUACGGAGGCACCAGGAGCACAAGGCGGCAAAAGGCAACCAUGGCACUUCCCAAAGAGCUGAAGAAUGAGUUUCUCGACCUGGCCGGAAAAAUCAUUGCCAACACCAAGUACAAGUGGUACAUCAGGUCGAAAGAGGUCACCAUCAAGGAAAUCGACAUCAAGCGCAUUGCCAAGAAAGCGCUCAUCAAUCUGAUGACGGAGCGGCGCCCAAAGUUCAAACCUACCAAAGAAGACACAAGUUCCUCAGAGUCCGAAGACGAUUCGGAUUAAUUUCCAUGUCCGAUACUGAUUGGCAGCUACCUUCAGUUACAUUUUGCAUUGUAAUUAUUUUCAUAUGCGUGAUACACUGCUUGUUACCACAAAUAAAUUAACCAUUCCAAAAAUUUCAUUGUUUUCUUUAACAUUCCAUGGCAUUGCUCGCAGCAAACACGAUUUUAAUUUCUACAGUUUGUCGCAAUUUCCAUAUUGCUCUAAUACAAUUUUUUCAAUUGUUCGUGCAACACGUUUCGUUAUAAACAAAAUCACGCUACGUUAACCCUUUCCCUCCGUUGCUGAUUGUUUUCCGACAGUUAAAUUGAACUGGAUCUGCAUUGCCGUGGCAGCGUAACCGCCAUGGCCGAAACAGUAAUUUUCGGAUUUUGGCCGACGAUUUCGAUAAAAAUUGCUUCGCGAAUUAUUCCGCGAAUAAUUACACAAAAAUUAAGUGGAUGUGGUGCGGAAUUAAAUUUUUUUUUUCCGACAGUUAAAUUGAACUGGAUCUGCAUUGCCGUGGCAGCGUAACCGCCAUGGCCGAAACAGUAAUUUUCGGUUUUUGGGCGAAAUUUCCACAUCAACUUGCUUCCCGAGUGAUUCCUCAACUAACUUUACAAAAAUUUUUAAUGAAACAGUGAAAUUUGAAUUUUUUGAGCGACAAUAGAAAUUACACCAUGCAACGCGACUAGGAUCGCACUCAGCUUUAUUUGGCGAUCAAAGUGCUAAACUGGCAGCGGAUCUGCAUUGCCGUGGCAGCGUAACCGCCAUGGCCGAAACAGUAAUUUUCGGAUUU